GAUCUUUCUUCUAACCGUUUCUUACUCAUUCUCUGUCUCUUGUUCAGUGAAAAACACACGACAACUCUAGGAAAAACGAACCAAAGCCUCACAUUCGUCACCGAAAAAUGGCAGCUGCCACUCUCUCCGUCCGGCCCAAUAGGCUUAGUCCCGGUUCGCCGAUCCCUCGACCGCCGGUUCGUCACCCCAGUCCGGUCCAGCCAACAAUAAUGAUGCCGGCAAACCCCGCCGCAAAAAGGACCGAGCCCUGGAGAGCCGUGAGUACGCCCUCCCGACGCUCUCUCGCCGGCAGCGUGACUAGGGCCGGGUCCCGAGCAGACGACUCUGCGCCCUUCGAGAUGUCGGUGGAGAACGCGCUCAAGCUCCUCGGAGUCUCGGAUGGCGCUUCCUUCGAUGACAUACUCCGCGCAAAGAACGCAAUUGUCGCUUCCUGUAAGGAUGAUCAGGAUAUGAUUGUGCAGGUUGAAGCUGCAUAUGAUAUGUUGCUUAUGCGGAGUUUAACCCAGCGCCGGGCUGGCAAAGUUGUGAGUAGCAACAUUCGCUAUGCAGAUGUUAAACCUAUGACUGCUUCUGGGACGACAUCAAUGCCUCAGUGGAUGCGGACAACUUUCAAAAAUUCACCUAUUUCAAUUGAAACUCCAUCAACUGGUGAUCUGGGAAUGCAAGCAGGUGCAUAUGGAGCAAUGAUGGUUUUGACAUAUGUCAAUGGAGCUGCAUCUCCUGGGGCAGCUUAUGGCGGGGCUGAUGUUCCUGGAUUGAUCUUAGCAAGUAGUUUUGGAGCUUCUUUGUACUUCAUGACCAAAAAGAAUGUGAAGCUAGGGAAAGCUACUGUAAUAAGCAUAGGUGGGCUUGUGGCUGGCGCUGUUGUGGGAUCAGCCGUUGAGAGCUGGUUGCAAGUGGACAUUGUUCCAUUUCUAGGCAUACACUCUCCUACUACCGUGGUUAGCGAAUUUAUACUCUUCUCCCAAUUCUUGGUCUCGCUAUACCUAAGAUAGGUUAAAAGGUAUUUCUGAUUAUAAUUUGAAUAGUAACCUGUAAUUAUUCAUUUGCAUGAUCAUAACCCAGCUUUUUAGGAUGUGUAUCAUGGCAUUGUACAAAACUAUAAAUAGAAUGUAGUGCCACUUGACUUCUUUAAGAAUUAUCUAAGGACUUAAUUGACCGUCUACUUCUUUUCUGAUUAGAUGGACUCCAA